AUGAUUAUUGGAAAUAUUACUGUGGGCGGGAGUGGGAAGACACCGUUAUUGAUCCAGUUGGUGAAAUAUUUGCAACAUCACCGUGUUCGUGUUGGUGUGAUUAGCCGUGGUUAUGGGGGGCAAGGGCCUUUUCCUGCACUGGUUACUUUAGAUUCUGUGCCUGAUCAAGUGGGCGAUGAACCCUGUUUAAUUGUUCAGUCUACUGAGGUUCCCAUGGUGGUGGGUGGCAAUCGCCAAGCCAAUAUUGAGUUACUACUGCAACAUUAUGAACUUGAUUUGAUUAUCAGUGAUGAUGGUUUACAGCAUUGGGCUUUAGCGCGUCAAAUCGAAUGGAUUGUGUUGGAUAAUAACCGGGGUUUGGGCAAUCAAAAACUGCUUCCUGAAGGUUAUUUACGCGAGCCUGUUAAUUUGAUGAAACAUAUUGUUAUUCCUGCGCGUUUUGCGAGUUCACGUCUUCCGGGUAAACCGCUUUUAGAAAUUCAUGGACGAGCCAUGAUUUUACGUGUGGUUGAUCAAGCAAAAAAAGUACAGGGGUUUGAUGAUCUUUGUGUGGCAACAGAUGACCCACGUAUUGCAGCGCUUUGCCGAGCAGAAGGUGUGGAUGUUGUGAUGACUGAUCCGAGUCAUCCUUCAGGCACAGAUCGUUUAAGUGAAGUUGCUCGGAUCAAAGGUUGGAAUGCUGAGGAUAUUAUUGUGAAUGUACAGGGCGAUGAGCCUUUGUUGCCUGCACAAUUGGUGAUUCAAGUUGCGGAGUUGCUAGCACAGAAAGCAGAUUGUUCAAUGUCGACCUUAUGUGAGCCUAUACAUCAGCUUGACGAGUUUCAGCGUGACAGCAUCGUGAAAGUGGUGAUGUCAAAGUUCAAUGAAGCGCUUUAUUUCAGUCGUGCACAAAUUCCUUAUGAUCGAGAGGGUGUUAAACAGGCUGAGCAAAAGCCACAUCAGCAUGCUUAUCGUCAUUUGGGCUUAUAUGCUUACCGUGUCAAGCUUUUACAAGAAUAUGUCACUUGGGAUAUGGGUGUUUUGGAACAGUUGGAAAGUUUAGAGCAAUUACGCGUUUUAGAAAAUGGACAUCGUAUUGCGAUUGAUAUCGCACAAGUAAACUUACCACCGGGUGUCGAUACUCAAACAGAUUUGGAUCGCUUAAACGCCUUAGAUGUAGCGGUUUUUGAAUAG